GGGGCAGGAAAACGUGCGACACUUCCGGUUUUGCGCAGUAGCGACGAAAGACCAACAUGGCGGCCGCGGCGGAGAAACCGACGAAGGAGCGGCUCCUCUCCGUGCUGGACGAUCUGGAGGUGUUAUCCCGGGAGCUGAUCGAGAUGUUGUCUCUGUCCAGGAGCCAGAAGCUGCCGCAGCCGGGGGAGGACGUCCAGGUGCUGGAGCUGCUGGUGCAGCGGGACCGGGAGUUCCAGGAGCUGAUGGAAGUGGCCCAGCAGCAGGGCAGCGUGCACCAGGAGAUGCAGCUGCUGGAGAAGGAAGUGGAGAAGAGGGACAGUGACAUCCAGCAGCUCCAGAAGCAGCUGAAGGAGGCCGAGCACAUCCUGGCCACUGCUGUAUACCAGGCGAAGGAGAAACUCAAAUCCAUCGACAAAGCCCGGAAAGGAAGCAUCUCGUCAGAAGAAAUCAUCAAGUACGCCCACAGAAUCAGCGCCAGCAACGCCGUGUGCGCUCCUCUCAACUGGGUGCCAGGUGAUCCGCGCCGACCGUACCCUACCGACCUGGAGAUGCGCAGCGGGAUGCUGGGUCACAUGGCCAACAUGCCGACCAAUGGUGUGAACGGACAUCUGCCCGGCGACGCUCUGGCUGCUGGACGGUUACCAGACGUCCUGACGCCUCACUACCCCUGGCAGUCGUCGGACGUCUCCGUGGGGAUGCUGCCCCCUCACCACGGCAACGACUUCGGCCUGGAGCCGCCGGGUCACAACAAGGAGAACGAGGACGACGUGGAGGCCAUGUCGACCGACUCGUCCAGCAGCAGCAGCGAUUCCGACUGAGCCACUUCUGGUCAAACAAUCUUCACCGAUGGUCAUUUACAAUUGAGCAUCAUUCAAAAACUCGUGGGGACGUGGGGCGAGUGAUGGCCGUGAUUGUGUCCAGGUGAAAACUCAUGUCUCAUCAGAGGAUUGAGUCUGCCUCCUCCGGUUCUCAUUAAUGAAAGAGUUUUGUUCCUGAGGUGGAAGAAGAUUUAAAGUUGUGUACAGUUCAGUUCACACUGUCAGAGCUUCUCACUGAGGAGGACGGAGUGAGGGCGUAUCAGGGUUCUCAGGGAUUCAUGAUCUUUUUUUUUUUUUCUGAAGGAGUACUUUCACAUUUUGGGAAAUAUUCACUUUUUUUUGCCUACAGUAAAUAUGAAGCUACGGCAGGUUAGCUUAGCAAACAGGCUAGAGCUGUGACAAUUUAUUAUUUUCACUAUUGAUUAAUCUGUAGAGUUUUAAGAGUCGCACAUCUUCACAUUUUAAGGGAGCUGGAACCUGUGAAUGUUGGAAAAACAAAAACCUAAAAUAGUCGCUAAUUCAUUUUUAGUUAAUUAAACAUAAAGUUUAUUUACGCUUCACUAACAGCAGAACCUACAAACCAGCACCUCUGAAGCUCGUCGGGUUUACACGUUUCUGAACAAGAGGUGGAGUCAGUAACGAGCCACACUAGCCGUUUCCACCUGUUUCCAGACUUUAUGCUAAGCUAACGUGUAGCUUCAUGUUUAAUACAAAUUUCUCAGCAAGAAAGGGAACUUGGGGAAAUUAGCAAAAUGUCUGAACGAUUCCUUUUUAAAGAUCCUGCAUCUUCUCCAGUCUCACAAGUUAAAGGGGCAGUAAGCGAUUGUAAUGCGAAACACUUUUUUGUAGAAUUCUGCAAAUAUUUCCUUGCGACCCUCUAGCUGUCGGUUCUGUGAACAUCACUCCCCAACACCUGAAGAGACGUGUUAGCGACAGACGCUCCGGAUGGACGCUCCUCGUGGUUAGCACGUCGGUCUUGCAAAGUAUCUUUCUCCAAAUUUGCUUUCUGCCCCUUUAAGUGUCGACGAACCAGAGCGGCUCAUUUGCAGUUUAAACCCACCGUCUGCAAAAAUAAAAAACAAAUUCAAAGGAAAACUAACGAAUCCUGCCGUCGGCGUCUUCGUGAACACAGGAUCAGUGUGAUGUCGUUCCGGAAAAGAAGCACAGACCAAACCAAUAAACUCUCAGCUCUGGUUCCUCAUGUACAGUUUGUGUGAGUGACGUCAGGUCUCUGCUGCAUGUAUGUUCUUAGUGUUUUAAUCUACCUGUGUGUGUGUAAAUAAGCGUGUACAUACUCACCCCUGUAAAUAAAAUCCCCCUUUUUUUUGAAUAA